GGGCGGGGCCGCACCAGAGCGCGCGUCCGCGGAAGCUGCCGGAGUUCCGAGUUGGAGGCGCGGCUGCCGCCUAGGCGACCGACGGAGGCUUGAGGCCGAGCCCCGAGGGUCUUGUGCAAGCUAAACCUGAGCCCUACCCUACAGCUGCAUCUCAACCCUUGAAAAUUCAUCUUGAGAUGGGAUCUGGCUUGUCUAACCUGGUCUUGAAUUUGCAGUUCUCCUGCCUCAGUCUCCGAGUAGCUGAGAUUACAGGGACUUUUGUGGAGGAAGCAGAUGAAAUACUGCACUCAGCUCAGUUCCAGAUUAGAACCCAGUUCCUCACUCCUUGGCUCUAUGACCACAGCAAGAUGUUAUCUGAACCUGUUUCCUUAGCUGUGAAAGAGGAAUAAAAAUAACACAUUUUGCUUCUGUCUUCCCAGAAUUUUUCAGCAAAUUGUACAGUGGCGGUUGAUUGUAUUUUGAAAACUGAAAAUUAGUGGCUGCUACCUUGUCUUCUCACCUUUUAACAAAGAAUAAAUGGGGUGUUUGAGAAGAUAGCUAAAUUAAAAGAAGAGUUUUACAAAUGGCUUCAGAAUCAGUGACUGGGAAACCAGCUCGGAAUCACUUCCCAAAGGGGAAAAAGCAGCAGCACCCGCCAAUAAAGAACAGAUCUUCAGUGAGUGACUGUGACAGAGAAGACUCCUUUAUCUUUGAAGCAAAUGAAGCCUGGAAAGAUUUCCACAGCUCUCUUCUUCGAUUUUAUGAAAAUGGAGAACUCUGUGAUGUCACACUAAAGGUUGGUUCAAAGCUCAUCUCUUGUCACAAGCUGGCAUUGGCUUGUGUUAUUCCCUACUUUAGAGCCAUGUUUCUCUCUGAAAUGGCGGAAGCCAAGCAAACAUUGAUUGAGAUUAGAGAUUUUGAUGGCAAUGCAAUAGAGGAUCUGGUGAAAUUUGUCUACUCUUCACGGCUCACAUUGACUGUGGACAAUGUCCAACCUCUCUUAUACGCAGCCUGCAUUCUGCAGGUUGAACUGGUGGCCAGAGCUUGCUGUGAGUACAUGAAGCUGCAUUUCCAUCCCUCCAACUGCCUAGCAGUGAGGGCCUUUGCAGAAAGCCACAACCGGAUAGACCUCAUGGACAUGGCCGACCAGUAUGCCUGUGAACACUUCACCGAGGUUGUGGAGUGUGAGGACUUCGUGAGUGUGUCACCCCAGCACCUGCACAAGCUCCUGUCCUCCAGUGAUCUGCACAUUGAGAAUGAAAAGCAGGUCUACAGUGCUGCCAUCAAGUGGCUUCUUGCCAACCCCCAGCAUCAUUCCAAGUGGCUGGACGAAACCCUGGCACAGGUUCGUCUGCCAUUAUUGCCAGUUGAUUUUCUUAUGGGUGUAGUGGCAAAAGAACAAAUUGUCAAGCAAAAUCUGAAAUGUAGAGAUUUAUUGGAUGAAGCAAGAAAUUACCACCUUCAUCUGAGUAACAGAGCUGUACCUGACUUUGAGUACUCCAUCCGGACUACCCCAAGGAAGCACACUGCUGGUGUACUGUUCUGUGUAGGGGGGCGAGGUGGAUCUGGGGACCCUUUUCGUAGUAUUGAAUGCUAUUCCAUCAACAAAAACAGCUGGUUCUUUGGACCAGAAAUGAACAGCCGGAGACGACAUGUGGGUGUAAUCUCUGUGGAAGGUAAAGUGUAUGCAGUGGGGGGACACGACGGCAAUGAGCACUUGGGCAGCAUGGAGAUGUUUGAUCCUCUCACCAAUAAAUGGAUGAUGAAGGCCUCGAUGAACACAAAGAGGCGAGGAAUUGCCUUGGCCUCCUUGGGGGGCCCAAUCUAUGCCAUUGGAGGGUUGGAUGACAACACUUGCUUCAAUGACGUCGAGAGAUAUGACAUCGAAUCUGACCAGUGGAGUGUGGUGGCCCCGAUGAACACUCCCCGUGGAGGCGUUGGCUCUGUGGCUCUCGUGAGCCAUGUUUAUGCAGUAGGUGGCAAUGAUGGAGUGGCUUCUUUGUCUAGUGUGGAGAGAUAUGAUCCACAUCUGGAUAAGUGGAUAGAAGUUAAAGAAAUGGGUCAACGACGAGCUGGCAAUGGAGUCAGUGAGCUUCAUGGCUGCUUAUAUGUUGUUGGUGGUUUUGAUGACAACUCCCCUCUGAGUUCAGUUGAGCGGUAUGACCCUCGAAGCAACAAGUGGGAUUAUGUGGCCGCACUCACCACUCCCAGGGGCGGGGUGGGGAUCGCCACUGUGAUGGGCAAAAUCUUCGCAGUUGGAGGUCACAAUGGCAACGCAUACUUAAACACAGUAGAAGCCUUUGAUCCCAUGCUGAAUAGGUGGGAGCUUGUGGGCUCUGUGUCUCACUGCAGAGCUGGAGCAGGCGUCGCCGUGUGUGCCUGUCUAACGAGCCAGAUUCGAGACGUAGGCCAUGGGUCCAACAAUGUGGUUGACUGCAUGUGACUGGAGUGCCAGCCACCAGGGACUCUGUCACAUCUGAUGGGCAAGAAAGGCAGCCAGGAUUUUGAUACGACCCCCUUUGAAUUUUAACAACAACCAGAGACUUAUUUAAAUGUUAACUGUAGUAUUGUGGCUAAGUACAACUUUUUGAAUGAUAGCUGAAGAAUUUUUAGUCAUACUGUUAAAUUUGGUACUUUCUGCUUUAGUAAAUAAUGGAGUGGGGUAGAAAGACAGUUUAACUUGAAACCAUACCUACGCUGGAAAAAAUGUUUAAAGUAGUGCCAAAACCUUGAAUUCUCUGUUUAUUUGUAUUAAUCCAAAUGAAAUUUGUUGAGUUUUACUUUUCCUUUGCCUAUUGGCUUGGGUACUGGAUUCUUCCAGAGCAGAGAUUAGAACCUAUGUGUUGACACACAAGAGACCUACUCCUCUUGAAAAUAAUUUCUUUUUUUUUUUGUAUUAAAUUCUUUUAUUGGUACAUUGUAGGUAUACAGCACAAUUAUAUUUUUUAAAAUAAUUUCUACUUGGUGCUGCUGAAGUUAUGUCUUGCUUUUUUUCUAGGUGUUGAUUUCACUUUCUUGGGUAUCUACAGAAGUACUGUUUUGUCUGAGUGCCAGUUGGCUGCAUUCUUGGAAGCUGGUACAGGCCUUGAUUUCAGUUGGAAUUGCUAGGACACCAAAAGACUUGGCUGUGCUAAUUAUGUCUGAACAAAUCUACCGUUUUGUUUUUGUUUUAUUUUUCCUAUCUCAUGCAAAAAAUGAACCAGAGGAAAUGCUAGAGAAGGCUUUAGAGCGGCUGUCAUCCCAGUGCCCAGCUCAGAGACUGAGAGGGUGCCAAUUACAUGUUGCCCUACCGAGGGAAAUCUGAACCUAUCUUUCUUUACCCUUUGUCUUUGACUUAUUUGAUUUUUGAAUCCAGGAUUUAUUACCUUCUUAUUUUGUUAUUUUCCACCAUCCUGGUUUUUCUAACUGUACAGAUCUACAUUUAUUUGUUAUCAGAAAGUGAAUGCAUUUUUAUCAAAACUCUUUAUUGACUAGUUUACUGAUUAGUUCAACUCCAUCAUUAACUAAUGAAACGUGUUGGUAAAGACAGAGGAAGAUGGAAAUUGUUCUUUUUUCUCAUUAUGUUUAAUACCCUCCAGAGUAUUUAUUGCAGUUUAAUUGAAAAUACUUCUACAAAGUAAUUUGAAGCCCAUGGUAUUGAUAAACCAACUGAUAUUACAGCCCUUCAUUGUUUUAACUAGCAUUAUAAAAUGACCUAUUCAUUAUUUUUAUGUACUUUUAUAAAUAUUUUUUAAGAACGUUAAAGUUUCUUAUUUUAUAUUUGCUAUUCAGUUUGGCAUCCCUCUUCCAGGCUUUCCAAAAUUUUCCUUCCUUCGUACCAUAGAAUCUGUUGUAGUUUACUGCUGGUCAGUUAUCUCAUGCACAAGGAAGCCAGCCAGAGAAAGACGCCCCAAUUCAUCCAUUCCUGAGGUUCACUGACUGAUUAAAUGGGGACUGAACUUGUCAGUGCAGGAGGGCACAAUGCCACAUUCCAAAAGCCAGCUAUCAGGCAUAGAGAACCAAAAAGAGGAAAAAAAUUCAAGAGGGCUUAAGCUGGCAAAUGCAUUUCAUGAAGCAAAUUUCAAAGUUCUUAAUUAUGCUGUUUUUUUCUACUCUUGACCUGUGGGCAAAUUCCCAAGUCAUUGCUGGUUAUGAUGUAGCAGGGUUCGCUAGUGUAACUGAUCAUGUUUAAGUUACUCCCAAAAGCAUUGGCUGGAUUAGCUAUAGCUGGUUAAAUAUGGAAAAUAAGUUGCAAAACCUGGCUUUCGCUGUCUCUUUCCAUGUCUGAUGAAGUCCUUGUAUUAUAGUAGGUCUAUCGUUACUAGUAUGUGUUAUGUUUAUUUUCAGGGGUGAGGAUCUUAUUGUUUCCUGUGAUCACUUAAAAUGUUUUUCCCCCUCACUUCUAUCUGCCUGUUGUGUGUGUAAAUGGGUGUGUUACAUUUCUCUUUCUGACUUUUAUGAUAUAGUCAUCUAACGUACUACACUGGUACCCUAGCCAUCCACAAAAUACGAGAUAUCCAUAUGUACAGCAAAAUAAAGGGAACACUUGGCUGUCCUUGACAUUAUGUAUGGACAGCAGUAGGAAAAGAUAAAUAGCAGAGCUAGUAUGCAGUCUCUGUUGGACAGAAACACAUUUUUGCAGAUAGGAAGUGAGAAUCAGGCUGAAAGUAGAUGCAGUUGAAAGAUGACGAUAGUCCUGGGAAUGAAGCUGUGAGCUGGUCAAAGGUGAUUCACAACAGUGCAGUGUCACUUUGACCUCUAAUGUUAACAGCCCCUACCCAAAACGUGAUGUAAGAUAGAACCAAAAUACUGAAAUGAUAAAUGGAAAAGAAAUGGUGGAAAUGUAUAAAUUUAUAUCCUCUCUUUAAAAAAAAUUUUUUUGAGCCAGGGUCUUGCCAUGUUGCCCAGGCAAUCCUCGAACUCCCAGGUUCAGGUAAUCCUCUUGCCUCAGCCUCUGGGCCACUGCACCUGGCCUUGUAUCUUAUUUUCUGCAAGAAGUAUUUCUACAUUCUUUUGUGUAAUUCUCUCAUUUAGUCAUUGAAGCUACCACUUUACUGUAUUGCACUGCUUCUUUAAAAUAUUUCACUAUAUUCCUGUA